AUGGUUGAGACAAAUUCUGCUGCCCAGACGCACUCGCCGAGUUUAGCGGCGAAGUCUGGCGGAGUGCGACAGCGCACGAUACAAAGCUGCUUGACGUGCCGGCGGCGCAAAGUCAAGUGCGAUCACGGUCAUCCAAUAUGCGGUGCUUGCACGCGUGGUAAUCAUGUCUGCACCUGGUCAGAUCAAUUGCAGGGGCAGACAUCCGCUGGAAGGAUAUCCAAACCAUCUACACCUGGGACUGGAAGAACUGCGAAAAAUAGCGACGUUCAGUCACGCCUCGAUCGACUCGAACUACUCCUUGAAAAGGCCGUCAUCGGACAGGGUAGCAACCCUUUGGUGCCUGCGACAAAAGACCAUGAAGCAGCGUUGACGCUAUCACCGAACAGUCAGACCUCCCAUGGCGCCGGUAUGGUCGAUGACGGCGACGGCACUCUACUCCUGGACGACGGACAGUCGAAGUUUGUCUCUUCAUUACACUACGCUUUACUUGCAGAAGAAAUACAGGACAUCAAGGCUUUGCUUGGUGACAAGACAGACGAGGAGCGAAAAGAAGUGCCGCAGAGCAGUCUCGUUGACCUUCUUUCCCUUGGCCGUGCAGUUUCCGGAUCAAAUUUGGACCAGCUCUUACCGGAUACACAAGAGCAGCGAGACACACUACUCGAUGUGUACUUUGCGAACGUCGAUCCUAUGGUCAGAAUCACUCAUAAGCCCACUAUCCUGCGCAGGUAUCCAUCCUACAUGCACAAAUCGCAUCCUCUGGUGUUUGCAAUUUGUUUCUCGGCUAUUAAUUCGCUACCUCCCAAUGUGGUUCAGGGCAGAUUCGGGAGCACCAAGGAAGAGCUGUUGGAUCGGUUUCAACUCGGUGUAGAGAUAUCCCUGGCCAGAGAGAACUACCUGACAACGUCGAGUCUCGAGAUCUUUCAGGGAUUUGUGCUGUGGCUUACGUGCAUCACCAAAGAAGAAGACAUGGGUAAAGCUUGGGCGCUUCUCGGUAUCGCGAUGCGCAUUGCUUUGAACCAGGGAUUACAUCGCGAUCCAUCGCUGUUUCCGGUUGGCUCUAUGGACGCUCUCACAAUAGAGCUUCGCCGCCGCAUAUGGCAUCAGUUAGGUCACCUGGACUUUCGUGCCGCCGAAUGCAAAGGACAAGAACCAAGUUUGUCUGAGGAUUAUUACACAACUUUGUUUCCACGUAACGUGGACGACGAAGAGCUUGUUGAUGGGGCGAGUCCCGGUCCAGCACCGUACGAUGAAGGAAAGUUCACCUCCAUCACCUUUCAACUCGUGAGGUACCAGGGAAUGUCAGCACUCCGGCGCAUCAUUCGAAGUACAUAUCAUUUGGAGAGGCGGAUGCUUGACUCAGGUCUGCACGGCACAUCGAGACCAGAUCCUGCGCGAGAACUUCAAGAUCUUUACGAGCAGAUCAAGAAAAUGCUGGAUGAGGUGCAUGAGGAGUGUCACAGGAAGUACCUUCGCUUCUGCAACCCGGAGAUACCUAUGCAAAGGCUAUGCAUAGGCUUGGCUUCGUUACUCGAGUGGCGAUGCUACCUCCUCUUCUGGCUCCGUAUGCCUAGGGCUUACCGAGAUGUUGUCUUCUCCAAUGAGAUUCGCAAAUCUAUCUUCGAGAAGUCGGUGAAUUGCAUCGAAACAAUCAACGGGGCGUCUGUUGACGUUGAUGCUGCUCGCUUUCAGUGGCACAUCGGCGGCGUCGCUUCGUUCCAAGCUAUCAUGCAUGUGUUGUCCGAACUUCGCAAUCCCAUGUUCGACAGUCCGGAUCGACAACGAGCGCUCAGAGCCCUACAGAUGUCGCGCAUACUGCGCGAAAACAAUGGCGCCAAGGCGUGGCUAGCAGUCAAGGCUAUGAUCGAUAAAGCUAUUCAAGAGCACAGUAUGUCGCAAAGAGCUCAGAGUCAAAGUUCAAGUGCGUUCGCUAGUCCGAGCGCGCCCGUCCCAACUGCACUCCAAAACGAUGGCAACGUUCAGGUUUACCCAGGACAAGGACAGAUGCCCAGCUACGCGAUACAGGCACCGUCAAUAGCGUAUAGUCAGACUGCAGCAGCACCUCAGCCUGUGCAGAUGCGCCCGCAAUCAAGCUUUGUGCAGCCUAUGGAACCUAUGCAAGAGCAGGCUCCGCCCAGCUGGGAAGACAUUAAUCUGAGCAAUAUCAACAACAUAGUCGACAGCCAGGCGAUCCCAGGCGUUGUACCAGAGUUCGACUUUGGAUUCUGGGGCGAUCCCUUCAACUACGAGAAUGAGCCAGCCACCUUUCCGACUGACGGAAGCUACUUCACACCGUGGACCGGUUGA